AUGACAGAUUUUUUUUACAUUCAAGUCCCAGCUGAUGUCAAAGUCUUGUUAUUAAGUGGAACUGCUCUGAAUAGGAAUCAAUUAGAUCAAGUGUAUAAAUGCACUAACCUACUUAAAUUGGAUUUGUCGAAUUGCAAUCUAACACUCAUUCCAAAUCUCAAAAAAUUAACGAAUUUGAGGAUUCUCUACCUACACCAGAAUCAGAUCUCUACCCUUUCCGUGGAACCAAUCUUAGGGUGCAACCAUUUAAAUUAUCUCACUCUUUUCUUAAAUCCAGUUUCAGCUCAUUGUUCCCUCAGAAGACAAGUGAUAUCCUACAUGAAAUCCCUUUGGGCAUUCGACUUCAAUGCAAUAACCGAUGAAGAGAAACACAAGGAAUUGAAAUUAAAGCCAUCCACCGAAAAGAGUCGUCUUCCAUGGCCUGUCAUAAGCAUCCCAAAGGAGUAAAAGGAUCAAUCCCAAAUAGUCAUGUUAGUGUGGCAAGAAUUGGACGUGAUCAGGAAGAUUUGGCAAAAGUGUUCUGUCAUUCUGACCAUCCAACGUUACAUCAAAAGUUUCAUAACCAGAAGGAAGUUUAAGAACAUCGUUUUGAAAUAGAUGAAAAUACAAGCAUUUAUAAAACAAGCAGUUAAACAUUGGAUAACAUUCACCAAAAACAAAAAAGACCUUAACCAACUAAUGGCACAUCAAUACAGCACCCAAUUUGAGAAAGUCAAAGUGAUGGUUCAAAAUUACAGGCAAAGAAAAGGCAAGGCGAUUAAAGAAUAAAAGAGUGCCAGGAUCAUCUACAGAUCCUUGAACUCCUUCUAUAAAAGUCAAAAACAUCAGCUAGAAUCUAUCGGCAAUAUCCAUAGACUCUACUUCUAUAAGGAACAGUUAAACCUGUUCAAAUAAAUAUUGCACAGACUUACCAAUAAACCUGAAAUCAAGGCCAUAAUAGACUAGGCUCCUCUUUUGUAUGAGGAUUUCCAAAAACCUAAUAAGGUUUAUGAAUCCGAAGUCUUCACCUAUAGACUACCCAGCUAAAUCAAUUUAUAUAACAAUCCUAUAUACUUCAAGAAUAUGCUCACCUACCCUGCUUCUUUGUCUAAGAUAAGUUGUUGUUUAUAAUAGUUGAAAUUGAGCAUAAUAAGGAAAUGGACUUAGGUUACUAAAUUUACCUAAGAAGUCCAUGCCUAUUCCUAUUUGUAAAAGUAUGACGAGUUGAUGCCUGCUCGAAAACCGUAUUUUAUUAUGUACAAAUUGCCAAAACAAGACAAGAUCAAAUAUGAGAACUGCUUAAAACUAAUCAACAAAUUCCAACAACGAGAAUAUAGAUAAUUAUAUGUCAUAAACUUAAGUAAAGAUCUACUUUCUUCUGUAAUUAAGUGUAUAAUACUGCAUAAUAAAGAUGAACCAUCUCAAGUGUUUAUAACACUCUUCGAGAAACAGUUAAAAGAGGCAGUGGCUGCUUUGAAGAUACAAAGAUAAUUUAGAGCAUAUCAGGAUGUGAAGAAGAAUGGCAAAACAUUGCAAGCUAUAAUUAACAUUUUAGUAAAAGAGAGAUCUCUAUUGAUAUUACAGAAAUGGAUUAAGGAUUUAAAAAUGCAUCAUAGAAAUAAUUUCUAUAAGAUCAUCGGCUAUAGACUUAAACAAAUCACACAAAACGUAUUAUAUCUAAAUUACUCCAUCUAUGUACAAUUAAGAAAAUGUUCUUCAAAGUUGCAGUUUCUAGAAUAAAAAUCAAAUUUGAGUUUGACUAAUUAUAAAUUCCAAGCUAUUCUCUAAUAGUUUCCCAAGAAGAACAUUAUUCCUAUUUGGUUAAGGAAACAGAUUAUUCAAUAAGAAGAAGAUGGCUAAGAAGUUUUUGCUAUUAUUGAAAAUUGCGAUGUCUAUCACCUACUGCAUUUUGAGACUCAAAGUGAAAUCAAAACAUUAUUCAAUCAAAAAUGGAUGAAAAUUACAUUCCCAAUUAAUGAUUAAUUAAAAUUGAGACUAUUGUUAUUGGCUCUAUAUACAUAUUCUUUUAAACACUAAUGUUUUGUGUAAUUGUACUAAGAAAAUGAAUUGUUAGAAUAAACUCAAAUAAUAAGACAAAACGAUGAAUUGUUAAUCAAAACUUAUCAAAUUGAUUAGCAAACUCAACCAAUUGAUAAUUGUGAUAUCCCUUGCAAACCAUCGAUAUGGCUAUCAACAUAUUUAUCUGAUAAAACAACCAAUGAAGUUGAAGUUAGAUUUUACAAAAAUGGAAUUGAUCAAAAAACAAAGAAGAAAAAAAACAUUUCUAAAUUGCCAGGAUGUGAAUAAAUCUCAGCCUGUCUUUUUUUCAGUACCAUAAAAAAGCAAUACAAUUAAUAUUCUCAUACUCAAAUCAAACAAAACUGUCCUACUGCCUCCACUAACAUUAGGACUAUUACCUAAACUGACAAACCUAAAACUGCACUUCAAACUUAUCUAUUUCAAUAGGAUAGUUUUGAAUAAGAACCCAGCAAUGUAGACAGAUAACAAUAAAGAUUGAAAUUAGUUACCAAUCCCACUCGAUAGCAUCUCAGAACUAAGUCUGUUAUGAACAAGAAAUAAACAAUGUUGGUUGAAUUGCCAACAUUCCUGCAAUCUUAAAGCUUUAAUCUGAGCAAUAGUGGCAUAAGAUAAAACAAUUAGCCUGAUCUAUCUAAACAAAUGUAAUACUGGGAGGAUAGACAAAAUCAAUAAAGAUAACUCAUUAAAAAGUAAACACUAGAAAAAAGAUAAGCAAAACUACAGAUUCAACAAGAAAGAUCGUUCUAUCAGGAUUUCAAUAUUGGCUAGAAUCUUAUUAGCAGAUAAGGUGAUAGACAUUUACUUCGUUUAUAUUAGAAGAAACAAUAACAAAUAUCAUAUUAGCAGGUAUAAUAAUUCAAAGAAUAGUCCAAUCACAUCAAAGAGAUUUAAGCAGUAAACAGCAAAAUGAAAUUGUAAGCUAUUAAAGAAGCUAAUUCUUAAUAUAAGGCUUCUCUUGAAUAAUAACCAGAACAACAAUAGCCAAAAGCUAUCUAAAAGCAAUCAACAAAAAGAGUAGGAAUUACCAAUAAGUACAUCCAUUCUGUUUUACCUGAAGAGAUAUAUCCAAUAAAAAUUGAAUUUGAAAAUAUAUGA